GAACUAUGUGGGUUCAAUAUUAAGGUUUUUAGCAUUGUAUUUUUUGAAGUUAUGGGUUCAUAUUACUGUACUUUUAAUGAGUUCUACGCAUAAAUUUGUGAUCUGUGGAAAGUAUGGGUCUGGUUUUAUAUGUGGUUUUUUUUCAUAAUUGCAUCUAGGUUGGUUUUGAUUGUAUUGAUGUUCAGAAAUGCUGCUGAAAUUAGCAUUUUUUACACGUAGAUUUAUGCUCUGUGUCGCAAGUUAUGGGUCUGGCCUUAUCUGUUUUUUUUAGUUGUAAUUGCUUCUGGGUUCGUUUUGAUUGUGUUGAUCUUUAGUAAUGCUGCUGAAUUGUAGCAUUUGUUCAAGUUUGUGAAAUUUUGUGUGUCUGGAUUUAUUUGUUUUUUUAAUUGUUUUCAAGUCAAACGUCUUUAGUGGUUGUGCUUAUAUUUGAAAACGGAAUGUUGGUUUGGAAAUUGAAAUUUUGGGUUCAGUUUUUGCUUGUGUUUUGAUAAAGCUGAUUGUUACAUCUCUUUUAAUUUUGUUGGAAUUUGUGUUCUUAAGUUCAGAUUUUGGCAUUCAUUUCAGUCACGACAUGUUGAAUUUAAACAUUGUUGUGGAUUGCUAUUAUUGUCCUGUUUUGCUCUUCGCAUAUUUUUUUUGUUCAUUUUUUCAGUUUGAUCUCCCAUUGGUUUCCUUUCUGUUUCAGUGUUCCCCACAAUUUUUGUAAUGGUCAACCAUGCUAUUGUAUGUGUAUGCUUUCUUAUUAUAGGUUGGUAUGGAAUGUAUCAUAUUUGAAUUAUUGAGCUAGACUAAAAUCUUGAUUUGAUUUAUGUAAUCAAACAACAAAAACGCAGUAAUUAGUUCUAAGAAGAAUUUGUUUUUUUUUUUAAAAAAUGGUACACAUUAAAAAGGAGAAUGAAGAUAUGAGAUGACUUGACUGAAAAUGAGAAACAGGCAGACAAAAACAGUUUAUAUCAACUCCUCUACUGUUAUAAGCUGGCUGCAAGGAUUGCUGUGUCCAACCUGCACAAGAACACCAAGAAAUCAUUUUCUGAGACGAUUAAGGACAUGUACUACCAUGUCAGUGAGAGAUCUGGAUUGAAGGCACCACUUGUUUCUGAUGAAGUUUAUGAGAUAAUCAUGAAGAAUGCUGCUCGUCUGGACAGUGAGAUCAUAUACGACAGAGACUUUGACUAUGAUUACUUUGGUUUCAAAACCCUUGAAAGGUCUUACCUUUUAAAGAUUCAGGGAAAGAUUGUGGAAAGGCCACAACAUAUGCUGAUGAGAGUAUCUGUUGGAAUCCACAAAGAGGAUAUUGAAUCUGUCAUCAAGACAUAUCAUUUGAUGUCUCAACGCUGGUUCACUCAUGCAUCUCCAACACUAUUUAAUGCUGGCACUCCAAGGCCUCAAUUAAGUAGCUGCUUCCUGAUAUGCAUGAAAGAUGAUAGCAUUGAGGGCAUAUAUGAUACUCUUACGGAAUGUGCUGUUAUUAGCAAAUCAGCUGGGGGAAUUGGCGUAUCUGUGCACAACAUACGUGCUACUGGGAGUUAUAUUCGUGGAACAAACGGAACAUCAAAUGGGAUUGUUCCUAUGCUGCGUGUGUUUAAUGAUACUGCCAGAUAUGUUGAUCAAGGGGGUGGCAAAAGAAAGGGCGCUUUUGCUGUCUACCUUGAGCCUUGGCAUGCUGAUGUAUUUGAAUUUCUGGAUUUAAGAAAAAACCAUGGGAAGGAAGAGAAUCGGGCACGAGAUCUUUUCUAUGCUCUUUGGGUGCCAGAUCUAUUUAUGCAAAGAGUCCAAAGCAAUGGGAUAUGGUCUUUGUUUUGUCCAAAUGAGGCUCCUGGAUUGGCAGAUUGCUGGGGUGAAGAUUUUGAGAAGCUGUACACAAAAUAUGAAAAAGAGGGAAAGGCAAAGAAGGUCGUUCAAGCACAAAAUCUCUGGUUUGAGAUCUUAAAGUCCCAGAUAGAAACUGGGACCCCUUACAUGUUGUACAAGGAUUCUUGCAAUAGAAAAAGCAACCAGCAGAAUCUUGGCACUAUCAAGUCUUCUAACUUGUGUACAGAGAUUAUUGAGUACACUAGUCCAACUGAAACUGCUGUUUGCAAUCUUGCUUCAAUUGCUCUACCUAGAUAUGUUAGAGAGAAGGGGGUCCCAGGUGAAUCACAGCCAUCUAAGCUUGUGGGGAGUAGGGGUUCAAAAAAUCGAUACUUUGAUUUUGACAAAUUGGCAGAGGUCACUGCAUUAGUCACUUCUAACCUGAACAAAAUUAUUGACGUCAAUUACUACCCUGUUGAAACUGCAAAAAGGUCUAACUUACGACAUAGGCCUAUUGGACUUGGAGUCCAGGGACUUGCAGACACAUUCAUUUUGCUUGGCAUGGCAUUUGAUUCCCAGGAGGCUCAGCAGCUAAACAAGGACAUAUUUGAGACAAUAUACUACCAUGCAUUAAAAGCUUCUUCUGAAUUAGCUGCCAAGGAAGGCCCAUACGAGACAUAUGCAGGAAGUCCUGUAAGCAAGGGUAUUCUCCAGCCAGACAUGUGGGGAAUUACACCAUCUGAUAAAUGGGAUUGGCAUGCUCUUCGUGAAAUGAUUGCAAAUAAUGGUGUAAGAAAUUCACUUCUUGUAGCUCCAAUGCCAACUGCUUCAACCAGCCAAAUUCUUGGAAAUAAUGAAUGCUUUGAGCCAUAUACAUCUAAUAUCUACAGCAGAAGGGUUCUGAGUGGUGAAUUUGUUGUGGUGAACAAACAUCUUCUGCAUGACCUAACCGAGACAGGGCUCUGGUCACCUGCUGUUAAGAAUAGGAUAAUACAUGAUGAUGGUUCUGUGCAGAAAAUCCCUGAAAUUCCAGAUGAUCUUAAAGUUAUUUAUAAGACUGUCUGGGAGAUCAAGCAACGGACCCUGGUUGACAUGGCUGUAGACCGUGGUUGCUACAUAGAUCAGAGUCAAAGCCUCAACAUCCAUAUGGAUCAACCCAACUUUGGAAAGCUCACUUCCCUUCAUUUUCAUGCUUGGUCCAGGGGUUUGAAAACUGGAAUGUACUAUCUACGAUCACGUGCUGCAGCUGAUGCAAUCAAGUUCACAGUUGACACUUCCAUGCUGAAGGAAAAACCAAAGACUGCUGUUGACGAAGAAACUAAAUUGGCUCAGAUGGUGUGCUCUUUUACAAACCGCGAGGACUGUUUAUCCUGUGGAAGUUAGUGCUACUAUUGCCUACGGGGUAACCUUGUCAUAGAUAAGCCAAACAGACCUUAGCUUUGUGGAAGAUACACGUACUGAUGUUCAUUUGAUUAGAAUUAAUUAUGUAUAUAAUAAAUAUAUAUCUGGUUAUAGUAUAGUAUAUGUCUUUUUGUAUAAACAAGGAACAAUAUGCAACUCUUUUGUAUUGGUUAGUGGUGUCGAUGUAAUCCAUUUUUCCUUGAAGCAAUGAAUUUCUCUAACAGCAACUUGAA